CCAUGGCUGGAGACAUUCACUUCGGCGCGGAAUAAGCAAGCUGCUCACUUGCAUUUGGGGGAUCUUCGGGAGAUUUUACACAAAUCAAACAUCAAUACCACAACUGGCUGGCAAUGUGCAACAACCGCUACCUGGAAUACGCUUGCGGUCAUGGGGACAUGAUAGGCCUGAGCCAUUGUCGCGGAGUCACACACAUUCAUGAUCCGAUUACGAAAGCGCCCGUAACUGCUUGCUACGGCAGAAACAAGCCGGUCAUCUACCUCUCUAUGGAGACCGACUGCAGGACUUGUAUUAUUGACCGAGCGCUGAAGGGACCGCGAGCGCGACUGAGCGAGGCCAUUCAGAAUUUCCGGAAGUGCAAGACGGGCGCAUUCGUGGCGAACGUGUCCAAGGCCACAAGGGAAUUGGAGGCGGCCAUCGCGGAGCUGCAAGCUAUUGGUUUGCCAGAGCAGCUGGCUGAGGGAUCGAAGAGGUAUGGACUCUGGUCUGAGCCUCACGAAAAGGUGCAAGAAGGCAGCCCGUUGAGGCGAGAACUGGUCGUCGACUCGAGUUUCGAGCUGCACAACAUCUAGCACCAGCGCAGAACUUCUAUGCUCAUCCUGGCUGCUGAAAUGUUACCCCCAGGUCCAAAUCAGAUCCCCACUUGUCCCUCAUUCCUCCGGCGGCGGCUCAUAAAUGCCGUCCCUCUGAUAGCUCCUCACAACCCGCUCCCAUUCCCUCGU